GCACCAACAACCACCACCGAUCCUUUAAGACCCGGAGAAAUUAGCGAGAGAAUCACGAAUCUCUCUCUAGAGACACGCGUGCCUCCAAGCACCGCUCCUUCUACUCUUACGAGCUCCAACAAUUCUGCGGUCAAUCUGGGGUUAUUGACAACUGCGUCAUCUCCAAUGUUCAGUGUUCCUCCACCAACAGGGCCACAAACACCAUUGCCUGUGAGAAAGACCAGUGCUGUUACCACACCAAUUCUGUCUCAGCCGCCACCACCUUCAGCAUCGGCGGAGCGCAGAACUUCCUUUUCGCUGAUUCAACAGGUUGCUCCUCCGCCUGUUGUUGCUCAGCCACCACCAAUAACGGUCAUUGCUCCACCGCCAGCUCCCAUAGGUGCAUCUACGGCCAAUAAUCCAUCUCCGAUAACUCCACAGUUCCCCAAGUAUGCUUCGCCAAGGAACAGAUGGGAUGCGCCACCUCCUGCCGUUCCGAACUUCUCCAUUCCACCACCGUCUGUUCCUCCUCCUUCUCUCGUUUUGCCAAAUCUGUACGUUCCAACUAUCGUUACCGUACCACCACCCAUAAUACCACUACUACCGAAUACUUCGGUUCCACCACCGCACAUAGCGCCGACGAAUUUACCACCACCUGGAUGGCAGCCACGACCAAAGUGA